CGCGCACACGCACACGGACGGUAUUGGUGAGCACUCACACGCGCGCGCGAAAGCUCACGGCAGCCAGUGCCUUCUACAGUCGUCGACGACGCCGCCGCCGCCGCUGGCAAAAGAUAAAUUUUAAUUUAAAAAAAAUUCUCGUCCGGUAUCAUCUCACAUUGUCGUCGUUGUAAUAAUAUAACAUAUUAAACGACGCAGCACACCGCGACGGUCCGGUACAACUAUAUUAAUAUAAUACACGUUAACCACACACGUACGCGUAUAUAGGUACUACGGAGAAAAUUCUGCACCUGCGGCCGAAAAGGAACUUCGUAGUGUGCCUAUUUUACGCGAAGCGCAAGUCUUGAGACGUAACUACGUUGCAGCCGAGUCGCCACUGCUGCACUCACAGCAAGCAUAUUAUAUAUUUCAUUUAAUAUUAUAAUAACAAUAUAUAAUAUAUAGGCAUCAGUCGUCGUCGCACGACUCGCACAUUUGCGUACAGCAGCGACCGUCGUCGAGUCGUUGUCAUUCCGAUCGCUUUACCGACAAAAUGGCUGAUGGAACAGGUGCUGGACUUACCGCAGGAGAUGACACAGUAGUUGGAGGCCCAAAGACACCACAGCAAAUCGCGGCGCAAAAGCGAUUGCAACAAACACAAGCACAAGUCGAUGAGGUGGUGGAUAUUAUGAAGACGAACGUGAUGAAGGUAUUGGACAGGGAUCAAAAACUCUCCGAACUGGAUGAUAGAGCAGAUGCAUUACAACAAGGGGCAUCGCAAUUUGAACAACAGGCUGGAAAACUAAAGAGGAAAUUUUGGCUACAAAAUUUAAAGAUGAUGAUCAUAAUGGGAGUUAUUGGUCUCGUUAUAUUAGCCAUUAUAGUUGCUUGGUUUUCGGAUGAAUAAAGCUAGGUAACAAACUUUGAUGCGAGCCACCACACACAGUGACCAUCGUUACAACGUCAAAAACGUGACUCUUUAAAUGAUAAAAGAAACUGAAGGUGCAUUAAAAUUAAAAUAAAAACUUAUAGGUAUAUAUAAAAUAAAUAUUAUAUAUACAAUCUACUUAUAUAUAUAUACAUAUAUAUAUACUAAAACUACAUAAAUAUCGCUUUGAAUAACUGCCCCUGCCAAAAAAAAAAAAAAUAAAUAAAUAAAUAAAAAAUAACAAAAAAUACUAUCGUAAUAGGUACUUACUCAUUUAAAAUGAUUUUGUUAUACUGCAGACACACAAAUUUACAUGUCAUACACGUACAUCCAUAUACGGAUAUAUCCUUAUAUCUCUAUAAUAAAAUAAAUAAAAAAAACUGCAUGUACUUAUCUGUAUAUAUUAUAAUAUAUAUAAUGUGUAUGUAUGAUGUGUAUGAGAGUGUGUGUACUUUCUUUAGUACCAUAGUAUACGAAUUCAUGAUGAGUUAAACAAGAAAUACAAAUAUCUAUAAAUCUAUUUACGAUAGAGUAUCCUUUUGUAAAUAUCACUUAAAACUAUUUUAUACAAUGUACAUGUCUAUCAUCACAUAUUAUAGGACUAUAACGGAGUUUGUAAACCUUCACUAUAUAAUAUAUUUUAUUGAAUCAUAAAAAUUGGGUAGGAUUCUCAACAUAUUAUACCUACGCUACAAUAAUAUUAUACUCUCAUUCGUAUAUUAUUAUUAUUUAUUAUUAUUAUAUGUAUGAAAACCUAUUCAUUGUUAUUUUAUAGAGUACUUAUAUAUUUAUAUGAGUAUUGUUUGUACUUAUAAUAUUUAUAUUCGCUUAUUAAAUUUUGAAUAGUUUAUUAUAAAUGUAUGGGAAAAACAACGGCUAAGCAUAUAAUAAUCUAUUAAAUUGUUAUAAACAAUAUGGCAAAAUAAAUUUGUUUUCAGAUAAUUUAAAAUCAUAAUUCACCAUACAUGUAACCCUUAACUGUUAGUCGAAUAUUAAUGGUUUUUAUAUCAGUAUGUUUUAUUCCCAAAAUAAACUUUUUACAAACAUUUACGAUAAAAUUAAGUCCCCUAUUUCUGAUAAAAAAUGAUAUUAUAAAAUAUAAUAGAAUUUAUAGCAAUAUUUUCUGAGUUGUAGAAAUUAAAGGUUCUAAGUUAUUAUGAUACAUUUUUAAAUAAUUUCAAAUUCAUGAAAAACAACUUAAAAAUAUGUUUGAUUGUUAUUUGUACGUUUUUAUUAGACGUAUUUAAAAUUAUCAUGUUCACGUCAUUUUUAAUAUUCGAUGAUUUAUAUUUAAAAAUUUCAUAUAAUUGGUAAAUAAAGCAAAAAGCAUUUUCAAAUCAAAAGAAAAUAUAUAGAUACAUUAAAAAAAAAAUUUAUUUAGAUAUUUAUUAUAGUUUUAUUAUUAGUUACUAUAAAAAAUUGUUUUUUCUUUCAUUUAUUCUAUGAGCUAACAUAGGUAUUUAUGAUAAUAUGUGCAUUGUUCUAAAUAGAAAAUUGUCAUUAAAUUAAAGUGUACCUACACAAGAUUUGUUAGUGCCAUCAAUCUCUGCAGGCAAUCAUGAUGAGUUUAAGCUUAAUUUAUGAGAUACAAAGAAAAAGCAUAAUAAUAUUGUAUCACUUGUUAUAGCCAGUAAUUUCGACCUGAGCAACGGGUACACCCAUUCAUUCCUUAAGUCUAUUUUCGUUUUUAUUAUAAAUAACUAAUAACAUUGUGCUUCCUAUGGCCAUUCAUUUUGUUCAACUUUUAAUUAUUAAUCUACCCACGCAGAUCAAAAGCAUAUUAUAAAAGUAAUCCGCGUUCCCUACAAAUAGAAAAUCUUGAAUAUCCCAUUUGUCUAUACUCUGUGAUUAUGGUAAUGCACAAUUAACAACAAAAAAUUCUGGGGAACCUGUUUAAAGUGCACCUUAUCUAUAAAAAUGCAACAUAUGAUUUGUGUAGAGCUACAUAAUUUUUAUCAUUGAAGGUUUUUUGAACAGUAAUGUAUGUUUGUGAAUAGUGGAUUUACUAUAAAUACCUCCCAAUCCAUAAAAACAAAUAGAAAUUGGAAUUUUUACGUUGUUCUUCUAUAUUUGCAUUUACGAAUCGACCGUAUAGACAUAGCGAGUGAUACUUUAUUGGUGAUAAAUAAAUAAUUAUGAUCAAAUGUUAACAAUUAUCUCUUUAAGUUUAAACCAUUCAGGAAAAUCAAUUUAGGACUUUAAUAAUUUAUAUUCUCAAAAAUAAAAAAUGAUUAAAACUGGCAAUUGAAAACACAUACAUAUACAAUACAGGUACAAGUUCACACUAGGUAUGAAACAUUUAGUAUAACAGAUGAUAGUUAUGACGAGGUUUAUUAAAAUUAGACCCAUAUGGUAAUUGGGAAUUUUGUUAGACUGUAAACUUUCUUAAAACUACUUUUAAAAUAAUCAAGAACAAUUGAAAGUACUACAGUAUAAUCAAUAUAUAUAAUAUAUAUAUAUAAACAAACUGUUGAGAAAUAAAAACUUCACUCAGAAUUGUUUUUAGAUUGUGUCACUAUUAAAUUUGAUAUUUUUUUGUGAUAAUCACACUAGGAAAUAAUAAAGUUAAAAAUAAUGUUUUUCAUUUGUUAUAAAUACAAAGAAUUUUGUUAAAACAAUAACACAACUAUAUUCAAUAACCAGGUGCCUGGUAUAUUGUUAUAUACAUAAUAUGUUAUACCCAACUACUAAAAUCAAAUGUUCACUGUUACAGUGGUGCAAUUAAACCUUAUACUUUUGUAUGGACUCACAUUAGUUGGGGCUUGGGUUACUGCUUACACGAUAACAUUUUAAUGCUGAUAAUUUUUGUAAUUAUUCAUGUUACCUAACCGUUACUUGAUGUCUUGAUGGUUUUGAAACCAAAAAACAAUAAUGUCAAAAUAUUUAUGGACUUAGACCUUUUAUCGAUAUGUCACGUAAUACUUAGUGUAAUUUACUAUUUAAUUUAUUGUAAACCGAUGACGUAUCGGUGAAAGUAACUGAUGUCGGAAAAGUUUGUUAUUAUAAUCAUACGUUUAACAUAAGACAAUGCAAUUUGUGUCUAUUUGACUAUUACAUAAAAACAUAAUAUUAACACCUCUUAAAAUUAAUUAUAAUUGUUGUAAUCGAAACGUUAAUAGAAAUUUAUAAGGGUAUAUAAUAUAUUUUGUCUCCCACAAUGUUAUAGUAAUUAUUAUUAAAACAUUUAUUGUGUAAUUAGAAAGGUAACAUUUUUACUAAAUAAUAUUAUAUAUAUCUCCAUCGUCGACCAAUAUUGUCAAAAUGUCAAGCUUAGUGAUUUGGAAAUUUAUUCUUAUAUUUUCCAAUAUUUAAUGCGUAUAGAUUUUUUUAUUGUAAUAAUAAUAAUAAUAAUAAUAAUAAUUUGAGAAUAACGAAACAACACCAAUUUAAUUGCGCAAUGUGCGUAUAUUAGAUAACAUUACCUAUUUAUAAAUAAACAAUAUUAAUAUUAUACUAUUAUUAGUUUGUAAGAAUUUGGUUUACAAAACUGUGUAACGAACAACAGAUAUUAUAUGCUCGUACACCUAUAUACUUAUAGGUAUAUUAUACGUAUAACCUGGGUGUUGAUCGGAAACGGUUUGCGUGUUCCGGAUGUAAUAUUAUUUAUUCAAUGAAAUCAUCAUAAUAACUAUAAUAACAUAUUACGCAUGUACGAUUUUAUUAAGUAGAAAACCUUUUUUGUGGCGUCUACUAAAUUUGUAUCGAAUAUAUUAUUAUUAUUAUACACUUAUAUAACGUA